GUUUUAUUUUUAAAGGCGAACAGACGUGACGGAAGAGCGUCCUUCUGCAUCCUGGGUUGGAGAAAGUUAACCUAAACAAACAUGGAAUAACGGCCCUGAAACAUUUUCCUAUAAUUUCACCUGGAAGUCAUCAUUUCUGUAGAGCACGAGUGAGUUUCUCAGCAUUAUAAAAUGCGGGUCUAACUGGAAGAGAAGGCAAAUUUACCCCGGCUCAGUGGCUGCUGUUGGAAAGAACACGAGGAUGGCUUUUCCCUGUGUGCGACUGUGUCCCCGCCACAUGAGAGCAGGCCUUCAAGUCUGUUGGUAUGCAACACUCAGCAAAGCAUCCAGACCCCAGCAGAAGAGUGGCAGUGAUCCGGUCUUCCAGUAUGUUGGCCAGCACAAAAAGCCAACCCAUAAAGUGUUUGUCUGGGGCUUCAGCUUCACUGGUGCACUUGGCAUCCCUACCUUUGUAGUCCCAGACAGCGGCAGGAAAAAGCCCCGCAAAUACCAGCUUACUCCUUACCGCUUGGAGACUGCAGAACAGAUCUCCUCUGCUGCCUGUGGUUACGGUUUCACUCUCAUCGCGUCUCCAACCAAAGAUGUGACCAAAUUGUGGGGCAUGGGCCUGAACAAAGAUUCUCAGUUGGGCUUUCAGCGCACUCAGCACGACCGCCAUAAGAGCUACGACUACGUGUUGGAGCCGUCCCCGGUGGCCCUGCCUCUCGUCGAGCCUCUGCAGACCAGAGUGGUUCAGGUUGCAUGUGGACGGGCUCACUCUCUGGUCCUCACUGACCAAGAGGGAGUUUUCAGUAUGGGCAACAACGCCUAUGGCCAGUGUGGGAGGCGGAUAGUUGAAGAUGAAGUCUACAGUGGCAGUCACAUCAUUCACAAGAUAGAGGGCUUCAGCGGCAGGGUCAUCCAGGUGGCGUGUGGGCAGGACCACAGCCUUUUCCUCACAGAGACGGGAAAGGUGUUCGCCUGUGGAUGGGGUGCAGAUGGACAGACGGGUCUGGGGCACCACAACAUUAGUUCCAGUCCUGUGGAGGUGGGAGGAGAUCUAGCCGGGGUGGAAGUGCAGCAGAUCAGUACAUAUGGGGACUGCAGCCUGGCUGUUUCCAAAGAUGGGCAGCUGUAUGGAUGGGGCAACUCUGAAUACAGGCAGCUGGCCUUGGUCACACAGGCUACACAGAUGAACUCUCCUCGUCAUCUUCCUCUGAAAGGCUGCGGAAAGGUGGUUCAGGCAGCAUGUGGAGGCACACAGGUGGCCAUUCUCAACGACAAAGGAGAGAUGUUUGUGUGGGGCUAUGGUAUCCUUGGAAAAGGCCCCAAACUGUCAGAGUCUUCGACCCCAGAGAUGAUUCCCCCGACACUGUUUGGACGGUCUGAGUUUAACCCCUCAGGUGUUGUCUCCAGGAUCAGGUGUGGCCUCAGCCAUUUUGCUGCAGUGACAGAUCGGGGUGAGCUCUUCGUGUGGGGGAAGAAUGUGAGGGGUUGUUUGGGCAUCGGGAAGAAAGACGACCAGUACUUCCCGUGGCGGGUGACUGUACCAGGCCAAGUGGUGGAUGUAGCGUGUGGCGUUGACCACAUGGUGGCGCUGGCGAAGUCCCUCCUGUGAGCCUCCUGUCCUCGCCAGCGGUGGAUGAAAGCCUGGAUGUUUGGGCCGAGGCCUCCCGCUGACCCCCGGCUGCCCCGGAGAGCCGACUGGAGGCUCGGUCUGGAGCCGCGAAGCCAGCUGCUCUCCACAGGCGGUGGACCUGGUCACGCGCUGACGUCAGCGGAGGGCAGAGCGGAUGAUUGCACAGCAAACUUCCACUGACACUGCUCACUUUAUUCUUUAUUCUUAAGGUCAUGUGGGAAAGACAUCCAAGCCUCAUUUUAUCACAACUGGAGCUCAAACGAGUCGUCAGUUAAUUGAUUUUUCAGUGAUUCUGUGAAGCUGUCAGGUGGGAAUACUGAAUCUUUCUGUGAAAAUUUGCUGUUUUUAAUAAUACACUGAACAUAUUUGGCUUCUGGACAAAAUGAGACAUUGGAUGUGGUGACUGUGGACUAAAAACUGAACUUUUAUAGACUAAACAGCUCUUCUGCACACCAAGUGAUUAUAAAAAUAAACUUUAGCUGCAGCUGUAUUCCUA